CCGCUGCAAGCACCAAACCCUCCCACGGCGCAGGAGGAGCCCUCGGUGAGCUCAGCACCAGGCGGGCACCGCGGGACGCUGGCGGGGCUCUCCCGUGCGCUGCAGUUGAUAGAAGACGUGGUGGUGAGGACGAGCCCCCAGCACCGGGCGCUGUACCAGGGCCAGCACGUGGGGACGAUGGGCACGGCGGAGCUGCUCAGCUUUUGUAAUCGGGCCGGCAGUCUGAAAGAAGACGACCUUGAAGCAUGCGAGGCAGUCGUCCUUCAUCAGCUUCGGGCUUUAUUACAGAGCGUGCUGAAUGGAUGCCUCCUACCUGAGAAAACACUCGAUGCUAAAGGUAGAGCGGUGGAUGAAAAGCAAACCAGGCCAGACCAGCGGUGGGACAUGGACAUGCUGCAGACUUGCUUGAGCAACCACGCCUUGUUCUUGAAAAAGCACCAGGUUCAGCUCACGGGAGACGUGGCGGAGAUGUUUGAAAGCCUGCUGGCUUCCAGCAAGAAGGCGCAGGACAGCCAGGCUCUACCGGUGUUGAGAGAGGUCCCUCCAGACAAGUGUGGGGAUAGGUCAUCUAUUCAGAGUAAUGAAUCAUCUUACAGCUUGCCAUCGAUCCCAAACGACAGCGAGGAAAUAAAGCAGGCAAAACACGCUCCCCGGCUCGCCGGCACAGGAGAACAAGAAGUCACAAGCUGGUGUGAAGAUGAGAGCAAGGAAGAAAGCGCGGUCGAAAAGAUUCCCAUUACAGGUUGGGACAGUGGCGAUAAUGGUUCCCAAGCAAAAGCAAGCCAAGAAGUGCAUUCAGAAACUAGUUCUUCAUCGAAUGAGAGAACUCCUCCCUUCUCAAGAACUGAAACUAGGAAGGCAAUGGUAACUGCUAUAAAAUCCAAAGCUUUCUGGGGCGAAUCUGACGACAGCAGCUCCGAGAUUGAGGCAGCUUUGUGCCCACGAACUCACAGCACAGAAGCAGACGAAUUUGAUGACUUCUAUGAUUAA